AUGAAGGAGAAAUGCACUUUUAAAUAUUCAAAAGUAGUAAAACCAUUGCUGAACAGGGAUUUUGACAAUUCAAGUGAGACUUCACAUUCUUCAAACUUAGAAAACGAAGAUAUGGAGCUAAAUCAAACACAAAAUAAGUCAUUAUCAGAGGAUAAUGAAAUUCUAAGGUCAGUCAUUCCCAUUGGACCUCGUUUUCAAGCUCAAAUUCCUAAAUGGGAAGACACAAGAAAUGUAAAAUGCCAUAAUAAUGAUGAUUUAAAGUGGCUAGGUGUUCAAGUUUGGCCAAUGCCUAAUAUUAGGGAAAACAACACAGAAGGUAUUAGGGAAGGUAGGCCUGACUCAUACUACUAUAAAAAUUCAGGAUCAGUUGAAUGUGUUAAACUACACCUUAGGGAAGCAAGAGAAGUUUUGAAAUUGGAGAUUGGUGCAACAUUUUCAAGUUGCAGGUUUGAUGAAAUGGGAGAAGAAGUUUCAGAGUCAUGGACAUUAGAAGAGGACAAGAAAUUUGAAUCUCUACUGAAAUCAUAUACAUCUUCAAAGGCCAGAAGAUUUUGGAAACUUGCCAUGAAGCACUUUCCAUCCAAAUCUUUGAAAUGCUUGGUAAAUUACUAUCAUAAUGUAUAUAUCCCAAGAUGUUUAAGCAUGGAGACUAGAUCUUUGCAUGAAGCUAAUAGAGACACUGAUCAAGAUGACAACUUCAAAAAAUGA